AUGCUCUCAAUCUUACAGCACCCUCUAAUGCCAGGAGGCGCCAUCAGGAAUGACGUGGCUGACCUGCUAGAUGCCCCCAUGUGGCACACCAUUUUCCGGCCUUGGGCUAAUCCUCGCUCUCCCUCUCUCUUUCUUCUUAGUCGAAACAUUUCUCAUCUUACCGAACACUUCCUCACCUGCCAGGUGGACGUGGUUGACCUGCUGCCCGGCCCCAUCUGGCACAUCAUCUUCCGCCACCUGCUGAAGAAGCGGGGUGACUCCUGGGGCGCAUGGCAGUGGGGGGGAGGCAGCGACUCGUAUGAGGAGAACCCGAGGCGAUUCGGCUCCUCCUGGCCUGUGCUGUGCUGUGGCAUGGCCAGCACGAGGCUCUUCCGUCAUGUCAUCUCCUUCUGUGUGAGUCAUCAUCAUGUGCUGCUCCCUUCUCCCUUCCCCCUUCCCCCUUUCCCCUUCGCCCACCUGCUUCUUUACCGCCAUGUCAUCUCCUUCUCCGUGCGUCGUCAUCAUCAUGUGCUGCUCCCCUCAUUCCAUUCCACCCACGUGCUUCUUCACCACCAUCAUGGUGCUGUCAUGGAGCGCGAGCCCAUCCCGCUCCUAGUGGACACUCACGAGCCCCGGCUGGCAGGAAUGCUCUCCUUUUUCCUCAGAAACGCCGCUCACACAUCCCUCAAUCUCCAGCUCAAAUCCUCCGACGACCUACCCAGCCUCACCCGUCUUUUGGAGCCGGUCGCGCGCUCCCUCGCUGGCCUGUGCCUUGACGUGCGGGACUCUCCCGGGCCUUUGCUGGAUCCGGCCUUUCUCGGGGAGUUUCAGCAGCUGUAG